AUGGAAGACGAUGACUCGCAAGGAUACUCUGACGAUGAUAAUGGUGACAUGGAUGCUAAGAAGGGUAGUAAGCGAAAACGUGUGAGGGCAUCAAAGGCCUGUGACCAGUGUCGAAAACGUCGUACGAAAUGCUCAGGAUCUGAACCCACUUGUAUCUCAUGUCUCGCUCUAGGCAUAGAGUGCAAUUACAGUCCUAGUGAAAGGAGACGUGGCCCAACUGCGUUUGCAAAUGAAAUCACUCAAAUCAAACAAAGGCUUCACCAAUUGGAAGCCCAAGUCGCUGCCAUGUCGCAAGGAACUCCAGCAAAUCACGCAACGCAGCCUAGUACACCGACUGUCGUGAACAAUAUUAUUAAGAACGAGCCCAAGUCUCCGCAUCCUGCUGCUACUGAAUCGCUUUAUGUAGCACAUGCAUCUCAGUUUGUCCGCUACUUUGGAUCCACAUCGUCAGGAGCUAGCAACCUCUUUCCAUUGCUACCAACAUUCAACAAGGGUGUACUGAAAUGGGCAAGCAUCCCACCUACACCAGCUCCUUCAACUCACCCACAACCAUCUGCAGAACUUGUACAGUACUUGAUUGAUGUGCAUUUCAAACAUGUACAUCCCGUCUUUCCUUGCAUCAACGUCAAAGAUUUCGAAACACAAUCGAAAGAAAAGCGAAGAUCAUCUACCUUCAGCUUCCUCCUAGAAUGCAUCAUGGGCCAUGCAGUCAACAACAUAUCCUCACUUGCAGCAUUUGGCAUUAGCGACGUUGCGGCCUUCCAAGCUGCCUGCUUUACCCGCGCACGUGGCUAUCUGUUUGAGAAUCUGGAUAAGAGCAAUCUCCAUAUAUGUCAGGGGCUGUUGUUUAUCGCGUUGGUGGGAAUUAUUUCGCCGGAACGUGCUAAUGCGUGGGUGUAUAGUGGGAUGGCAAUGAGAGUUGCGCUUGAACUGGGAUUGCAUAGAAAUACUGAACGACAUCAAGUACGCUUCAGUUUUGAUGACGCUACUGCUAAAUCGAUGGUCGAUACCUUCUUUUGCUGCUAUGUGGUGGACAGAUAUUCUUCAUUGUCGUCUGGAAGGCCCAUUGCUCUUCCUGAUCGAGAUUGGGACACUCCAUUCCCACAAGCUACAGAAGGACUGCGUCUCCUGAAAAGCCAAGCAGAACUAUGCGUUCUCAUCGGUGAAGUUUGUUCAGCCGGUAACGCUGUACGCUCUUCCCAAAGUGAACGAGCUCUUGAGCUUGAAAACAUCAAGCAAAAACUCACUCAUUGGUAUGAUGAGAAUGGAUCUGCUAUCCCCGGCACUCCCACUGAAAUUGGUCUUGUCGCAACAUAUCACUGUCUUUGCAUACUUGAUCAUCGCUUCUCGAUUGGAAGAUUUGAUGCCACGACUCGUGCCAGUUCGGAAUGUAUUGUGCAAGUAGUGUCGAAAUUCAAACCCGCUCCGCUGAAUGAGCAAGAGUAUGAUCCAGUCUUUCCGCUUCUACCAUAUCUCGUAAUGAUUGCAGUUGGCUCCCUAGUCUCUGACGCACUGAAUGGCGACCUCAGCGCCCUUGUCCCACUACGCAAAGUACAGGAAAUCUUCUUGCGCUUGUCUCGUGUGUCGUCCAGUGCUGAAAGGCUGUUGAGUGUCGUUGGAGUCAUUCUUAUGCAAAAGGGCAUUACAAUCCCAGGCGGCUGGCCAAUCCCUUCCAUGCCAUCAAAUGCCAGCUCUCAGCCACAACAGGUUCUGCCGCCUCAACUGCCACUCAAUACCAUGAAUACUAUUCAGGGAUGGGCGGCUGCCAAUGCGCCAUUGCCUAUGGGAGGCCAGCAGCAGCAGGAGUUUGAUGCGUUUUAUGGUGAUUCGAUACUUGAUGAUUUGUUUAUGCCUUUGUAUGGUAUGAACCCACAGGGUGCCGAGUAG